GGUCAAUGGCAAACCUGUUGGGCGUGGACAUACAGGCCGAGGGUCUUUUUUGUCCUAUAAAUACUGCGAGUGUUAAGGGAGACCAUCAUCAAACAGGUUCAGUCAGCAGUCAGCAGUCAUGAGGUGUUUGGUUUUCCUUGUGCUCCUUGGAGCAGCUUUUGCUCUGGACGAUGACAAGAUCGUUGGUGGAUAUGAGUGUCAGGCCCAUUCCCAGCCCUGGCAGGUGUCUCUGAACGCUGGCUACCACUUCUGCGGUGGCUCUCUGGUCAAUAAGGAUUGGGUUGUGUCUGCUGCUCACUGCUACAAGUCACGCAUCGAGGUCCGUCUUGGUGAGCACCACAUUGGCAAAAACGAGAAUACUGAGCAGUUCAUCUACUCCGAACGUGUCAUCCGCCAUCCCCAGUAUAACUCAUGGAACAUUGAUAAUGACAUCAUGCUGAUCAAGCUUAGCUCGUCAGCUGCCCUCAAUGCUUACGUGCAGCCUGUGGCUCUGCCCUCAGCCUGCGCCGCCGCUGGCACCAAGUGCUUAGUCUCCGGCUGGGGAAACACCAUGAGCUCUACUGCUGAUUCCAACAAGCUUCAGUGUGUGGAAGUCCCAGUCUUGUCUGAAAGUGACUGUAACAACUCCUACCCCGGCAUGAUCACAAAAUCCAUGUUCUGUGCUGGAUACCUGGAGGGAGGAAAGGACUCUUGCCAGGGUGACUCUGGUGGCCCCGUGGUGUGCAAUGGCCAGCUUCAUGGUGUUGUGUCCUGGGGUUAUGGAUGUGCUGAGAAGAAUCAUCCUGGUGUCUACACCAAGGUUUGCAUUUUCAAUGAUUGGCUUGCAGACACCAUGAACUCAUACUAAAGGGGAUCCAAAAACACACCUUUAAAGUCAGCCUCCAAUCCUGCAUUCCAUCAAUAAUUGUUUUAUUGGAGAUACAAAUAAAAUCAUUUCCUCUAAAA